AUGCCCGCUUCAGUUAUUUUCUCGAACAGUGCAGCUUCCGCCUCCGCUCCAAGUUUAGUCCAGGAUUCAAGCUCCAUGGCACCCAUUAGUGCUACAGUUGUGUCAUCCACCAGUGGUGGUUUCGGAUCAACCGCAAGUUUAAGCCAGGAUUCAAGUUCAGCGUCGGGAAUUACCAAUCCGGCAUCAACCAACGUCGCUAUCACGAACACUUUGCCAUCUAGCAGCAGUGCCGUGCCCACGUCAGUUAUUUCGUCGAACAGUGCUGCUUCCGCCUCUGCCGCCAGUUUGAGUCAGAAUUCGAGCUCCAUAACACCCAUUACUAACGCCGGAUCAUCCAACGUCGCUCUCUCAAACACUUUGCAAUCUAAUAUCACUGUCACGCCCGCCACAGCUAUGCCAUCCAACACUGGUGGUUCUGGAUCCACCGCAACUUUCGCUCAAGUUUCAAGUUCAGUGGCUGUAAUUACCAACCCAGCAUCAACGAUCGUCGCUAUAUCGAACACUUCGCCAUCUAACGCGACUGUCAUACCUACUACAGUUAUAUCAUCGAGUAGUCCUGGUUCCGCAUCUACCGCAAGUUUAAGUCAGAAUUCGAGCCGGGUGGCAGGGUUCUUGGCUCCGAAUACCAGUGCUGCGGCAACCAGUGCUGUUGUCUCCAACAGUUUGGGAGCGAAUACUACUGUUAUGCUUGGUACUACGGUCUCGUCCAGCAGUCGUGCUAGUUUGGCGCCGAAUGGGAGCGUUUAUCAAAAUACAAGUUCUGCACCGGUUCUUGGCAGCACACGUAUAUUAGCGUCUUUAGCCUCUACCCGUAGUAUUUCGGGUGGUAGCUCGGGCGGUAGUGCCGGUGGUAGUUCGGGCAGUAGUACCAGUGCAUCUAAGACUGGUUGUUUUUCUGGGGAUAGUUUGGUACGAAUGACUGAUGGAGGACUCAAGAGUAUGGAUCAGUUGAGAUCUGGUGAUAAAGUCUAUGGAACGAGUUCUGAAGCUGAAAUUGUCAUAAUUCUGGAUAAACAACCAUUUGAAACAGUACUUUUUUAUACAAUAAAAACUCGUUCAAACCGGAGUAUAAGCUUAACUGGUAAUCAUUUGAUAGUUGUUAGAAGACAAGAUAAAGUUUUGUUUGUACCAGCAAAGAAUGUGAACUCAAGCGAUUUCAUUUAUGUGCUAGAAGGUGGACAUAUACGACCAGUGAUGGUAGAAAAUGUGGUAAUUGAAUGGAAGGAUGGGUAUUACGCUCCAAUGACAGAUGAAGGUGUGAUUGUUGUCAAUGAUAUAUUAGCAUCAUGUUAUGCCAAUGUAUUGAGUCAUAAUUUGGCUCAUCUGAUAAUGGCACCAUUAAGAUUCUAUUACACAUUAUCAAAAUAUCUUUGCAUCAAUGAACCGUUUCACUCGGAUAGCAAUGGUUUACAUUGGCUGCCACAAAUAAUGUUACAUCUUACAAGAAAAUAUGUGCCAACGGCCUUUACUUAUUUAAUCGAAUAA